AUUCUAAAUGUACAUUCUACCUCUUAUUAUAUAUGUCAGCUUAAUUGUAUGUGAUAAAAAUGAAACUGAAAAGGAUUCGUCACAAAUCCACUUAAACAUAGAAUUCCCAAAGGAUGAUGAAUCUAAACUAAACUUAAGCACUGGAGGAAGUGAACAGGAUAAGGAGGUGAAAACACCAGUAGUGAUAAUCUCACCCAAGCCUCUGGUUGAUUACGAAAGGUUGUAUAAAAAAAUGAUGGAACUUAAGCCAAACACAACGGGAAAUAACAGAUUAGAAAAUGAAGUAAUUUAUGAUGAGAAGGUUGCGUCUAACGAUCCUGUAUACAAGAGAGAGAUGUUGUACAAACUAUUAAAAGACGUAGAAUCUCGGAUAGCUUUCUACAGAGCAGAUGCAAACGAAGUAGAAAUGUUAAUGUCUUCAAAUCAUGGAUUAAGUUAA